UCACCAAAACGGAAAUUUUGGUACGGGUACAAGAAGUCACAGAAGUACCCCUGGUAAGUAUUGUUAAUCUUGCGCUUAUUUUGUUACAGGAAAUUAUCUACCUAGGAUCAACGCUUGCCAGAAACCUAAAUUUAGUCACACAGAUGACAAGAAUUAGAAAAGGUAUCAUCGCGAAGUUUGUUUAUGGCGAGUUCCGGUACUGACGCAUGACGGUACUGUAUAAUUUGCAAAAUAAACAAAGGCAUCGUUUCUAGAUUUAGAUCUAGAUCAAGAAUAGAUAGUUUUCAUUGUCACAGGUUAUAACAAAAUUAAAAUUGGGCUUGUGGUGCACUAGAAACUAAGAAAAAAAUGGUGAAAGAAAAAUAGAUCUAGAUCUAAUUCUUUAAACUUAGAGACGACUUACGUAAAGUUGUAUUAACAAACAUUUAGACAUACAUCCAUUUACUGUCCAUGAUGGCUGACUCAGAGCAUGACUUAACCCUUGAUCUCAACAAAGUGAAGAAGGAAAAGGAAGAAACAGAUGAAGAACAAGACUUCAAGGUGCCAGAGAUCAAAAUUGAGAAGAUAGAGGAAGAUGAAUCAGACUUGAAUACACAGCAAUCAGAAAAUUUUGCUGAAACUUCUUAUGUGGAAGAUGGACACCAGGUAGAGACCAUUAAGGAAGAAAAGAAAAUGACUUCAGAAAAAGGUGUCUCCACUGAUGACAUAGAAGAUGAUGAUGUUGGAAAUCAUUCUCAAGCUGAAAACCAACAUCAAUGUCACAUAUGUCUUAAGAAAUUUGCUAAGCUUCAGAAUUUAAAAAAACAUCAGUUAAUUCAUUCUGGUGAAAAGCAAUUUCAGUGUCAAAUAUGUCUAAAAGAAUUUUCUCAGUCUUCUCAUUUGAAAACACACCAAGUGAUACACACUGGGGAAAAACCAUUUCAGUGUCAAGUAUGUCAAAAACAGUUUGCUCAACUUGCGGGAUUGAAAAUCCAUCAAGUGGUUCAUUCUGGUGAAAAACGAUUUAAAUGUCAAAUAUGUCUAAAAGAGUUUUCUCAAUCUUCGGCAUUGAAAACUCAUGAAGUGAUUCAUACUGGUGAAAAACGAUUUCAAUGUCAAAUUUGUCUAAAAGAAUUCGCUCAAUCUGCAACAUUGAAAACCCACCAAAAGGUUCACACUGGUGAAAAACCAUUUCAAUGUCAAAUAUGUCUUAAAGAAUUUUCUCAUUCUUCAACAUUGAAAGAUCAUCAAAAGGUUCACACUGGUGAGAAACCAUUUAAAUGUGAAAUAUGUCUAAAAGAAUUUUCUCAUUCUUCGAAUCUGAAAACUCACCAAACGGUUCAUACUGGUGAAAAACCUUUUAAAUGUGAAAUAUGUCUAAAAGCAUUUACUCAGUCUGCUACAUUGAGAGCUCACCUUGCGGUUCAUACUGGUGAUAAAUCAUUCAAAUGUCUUGUAUGUCUAAAAGAAUUUUCCCGACUUUCCAAUUUGACAACUCACAAAAAGAUUCAUACUGGUGAAAAACUAUUUAAAUGUGAAAUAUGUCUAAAAGAAUUUUCUAAAUCUGACAGACUAAAAACUCACCUAAAUGUUCAUACCGGUGAAAAGCCAUUUAAAUGUGACAUAUGUCUUAAAGAAUUUUCUCAGUCUGCAAAUUUAAAAACUCACCAAAAGCUUCAUACUGGUGAAAAGCCAUUUCAAUGUAAAGUAUGUUUGAAAGCAUUUGCUCAAUUAUCAAAUUUAAAAGCUCACCAAUCUGUCCAUAACCGGUAAAAAAAAACAACAGUUAUUUUUUUAAACCUUCAAGAUUGAAAACUCACCAAGCAGUUGAGUUGAUAAUUGAUGAGAUACCAUUUUAAAUGCUUAACAUAUGUAGAAGGAUUUUCAUUGCAACAGAUUUAAAAGAUCAUUAAGCUUUGUUAGUACUGGUACUUGGUAGUGUAAGCCAUUUAAAUAUGAAAUAUAUUAAAAGGGAUUUACUUACUUACAUAGACUUAGAUCCUCCCAGGCCUUCUGGCGCAUUUGGUGGCAAGCUGUCUCAAUGAAGAUCUGUCACUGGCAAUUUCAGAAGCCUCUUAUCUCUAAUCAAUGAUUCGCAAUGGUCAACUGUUCUGAGGUUCUUCGUGAAAGUAUGGCGACAAGUUAUACAUGGAGGUCCCUGUUCAAGCAUCGCUUGCUGUAUAACUCUUAUACAGGAAUUUGCAGAAUACCCCAGUACUGGUUUCUAAGACAGUCAAGGCCAAAACUGUGGUGUCAAAACAUGAAUCUUAAGUUUUUCUAGCUACGGUCAAAUGUUUAAAGCAAGUCACAGAAAAUGUUACAUCGAUGAAGGCAAGAAAAAUGUUAGUCUUUCAUAAUCAUUAUGUCAUUGUAUUGCUUUAUGACUAAUAGUUUGUCUACAUACAUCAAAGGCUUAGAGUGGAAAGUUUUCAUAGCCAUCUUAUGGACUGAUUUAGACUUAGGUCCUCCCGCAGCGUUCGGCGCAUUAGGCGGCAAGCCGUCUCCAUAAAGAUCUGUCAUUGGCAAUGUCUGAAGCCUCCUCCCACUUGGUGUCCACUGUUCUGAGGUCCUCCAUGAAAGUGUGGCACCAAGUUAUACGAGGACGUCCCUGUUUGCGCUUUCCUCCGUGUCAUCGCAACUCUUGGUAUGCGUAGUUCAGUUUGUCGUAGAACAUGUUCCACAAACCUCAUGCGACGCUCUGUCACAACGUCACCAAGUGUUCGACUCCCAGUUUGGCAAAAGAUUUCCUUGUUAGAGACCCGAUCUGUGUAACUGACUCACAAAAUCCGUCUCAGCCAUUUUUGUUAAGCCACAUUUAGUCUUUUCUCAAUUUUGACAGAUGACUUCCUUGUCUCACAUGCAUAUGUUGCAGUUGGAAUGUGUUGAGAAGGUGUAUUAUUGUCUCGAGUCCAAUGGCUUGGCUUGUCCAAAUAGGCUGCAGCCUUUGGAAAAUGCUCCCUGCCUUUUCUAUUUGGCAUGCUACAUCAUAUAGGCAUCCCCAUCAUUUGUUAUGAUGCUGCUAAGGUAAGUGAACUUGUCCAACUCUUCAGGUUUUGACUCGCCAAGUCAGACGGGGCACCCUUUGCCUUAUAUAUUAUAUCCCACUCACAAAAUUUUAGUCUUGUCCAAGUUUAUGCGAAGGCCAAUUUUGGAUGCCUCUCUAUCUAGGCUAUCCGUCAUUUCUUGUAUGCAUUUAUUUGUAGUCCCGAGUAGUGUAUUGUCAUCGGCAAAGUCCAAGUCCUUCAUUUGGUUUUGUACAUGUCAUGGAAUACCAAAGGCAGUCUGGUUCAUUGCUCUCCUCAUUAUGUAGUCGAUGGCUAGGAGGAAAAGGAAGGGAGAUAAGAUGCACCCCCGUCUUACACCUGUCUCGAUGCUAAAAAAACUCGGUUGUUCCUUCUUCUGUUUUAAUGCAGCAACUAGACUGACUGUAAAGGUGUCGUAGGAUCUGGACGAAUUUUUCUGGGGUGCCAUAUUCUCUUACUAUUUUCCAUAGUGAUUCUUGGUGGACACUAUCAAACGCUUUCUUAAAGUUUACUAAACUUAUCGGUAGCCCUUGUUGGUACUCAAGACCUUGUUCUAUGAUAUUGUUCUGUAUAUCUUAGAGACACAUCAUAGUUAUUUAUGUUCUUGAAAGAUCAUGAUUCUAACCUAGAAAAUAGGUAUGUAUGUUCUUGAAAGAUCAUGAUUCUAACCUAGAAAAUAGGUAUGUAUGUUCUUGAAAGAUCAUGAUUCUAACCAAGAAGUUUUACACUAUUUUUCUGUGCACUAUUGGCAUACAGAAGUAGACAUCCUCUAAAUGUCUCAGCGUAAGUGGAAGGAAUGAAUGAAAGGAAGGAAUAUUUGUAUUUCAAUGAGUCAUAGUUUUGUUCAUAGUCUCCUUUUUUAUUCUCCAUGAACUGUACAUUGUUUACGUGCUCUUUGUCUUUGUCACAACUUUAUUAUGAUUUAUUGUUUUUAUUUAUUUUGCUGGCUGAUAUUAUUAAAAGAAAUUAGUAAAUAUGCUAAUACUUAUGUUUCUUGUACUGUACCAGUAUUUGAAAAUAUUUAGUAUGUUGGGAACAAAACCUGAACUACUGGCCCGAAUAGCACAGUCCACAGCAUCCCUUUUAAAAUAAUAUGGAAAGACAAAGGCUUAGCCCUCUGCACCAAAAUCAGACCGAUGGUCAUUGCCACAUUUUUAUAUGCUUGUUAGUCUUGGACACUGACUGCAGAGCUAGAGAGGAGGAUCAUAGGUAUCACAUUCAAAGACCGCAUCACAAACCAAGAGAUUAGAGACAGGGUUACUGCAGUGAUUGCAUCCCAUGAUGACCUGCUAUCAUAAAAAAAAAAUGCAAGCGUAAAAUCUAUGGCCAUAUAACAGAUCUUUGGGGCUCGCAAAGACCUUUCUUCAAGGAACAGUACCAGGAAAAAGAAGAAGAGGCAGACAGAGAAAGCGAUGGGAGGACAACAUAAAAGAAUAGACAGGCCUGGCAUUGAAAGAGGUUCUAAUUAAGGCAAAAGACAGAGGAAUGGAGAAAGACGGUUGACGAGUCUGGCAUGGUGCCCCAACGGUCCAAGAGACUAAGGUAAAGGUAAAAGUAUGUUGGCUAUUCUUCUUGGAACAAACAUUUAAAUAUUCAUUUAAGUUAUUUUGUGCAUGUUAAAAAUUACUGUAUUUAUUUAUUAUAUGUGCUAUGUUGGAUACAAUAACCAUUUGAUUAUUCAUUCAAUAGCUUCAUUUUAUGCAGCAUGUCUUUAUGUUAAAAAUGUUUCAAUUCAAAUGCAUACAAUUCAGAGAUGUUCAACAGUAUAUGUAUUGCUAAAUAUCUUUUAUAUUAAGUCAUUUUUGUAAUUAUAUUAGACUAAUUAAGGAAGCUGUAUGACUUCCAUUACUGGAGAUUAUGUUGAUGAAAAAAAUAUUCAUGAAAAUGAGGCUGUUUAAAAUUAUUAUUGUAUGGUAAAAAAAAAAAGAUCAACUCGACACUUAUAAUAAAAGCUUGACUAAACCAGCAAUAAAUUGUACACAUUGAUUUUGUGAUAUCUGUGUAUCAUUCAUUCAGAGUCUCAGAGGAUACAAAAGCUUUAGUAGGUUUUGACCUUGAUUUCAUCAAUAUAUCUCAGUAUUGUGAUAUCUGUGUAUCAUUCAUUCAGAGUCUCAGAGGAUACAAAAGCUUUAGCUGGUUUUGACCUUGAUUUCAUCAAUAUGAAGACCAUAAAGACACUCUUGUAUACAAUCAGCAAAUCACGUCUUCAGAUCUUUGAAUAAAACCAAAUGCUAGUAUAAUCA